AUGUCUUCGGACGACAACUCUGCGUCAAACAAUGAGCUGCAAGAAGCGAAGAUUGCUCGCAGUGAGCACGUGGAAAGUGCUAGGGACCCCAAGGAUAAUCAGUUGAAAGAAGUCCAUACCGAAACCUCGGAAGACAACAAGAACUACUUGAAGGUUGUUCACACUGAUGGAACUGUUAAUUACGUCGAUCACAAUGCCGUAGGAGGGGACGCAGCAGCCAUGCCAGAGGGAUAUUUUAGAAGCGUCGAGUUCAUAGGAACGGUAGUGGCACAAUGCUGCGCAAACAUCUGUGCUUACCUCGGUUGGGUCUUGCCAGCGAACACAUUAACUCUGAUCAAUGCCGAUCUCGGAAACUCCCCUGACAUCAACUGGGUUGCGACAGUCUGGACCCUCGGGAGUUGCAUCGGAUUCCUUCUCGUCGGCCGAAUCAGCGAUAUCUUUGGCAGACGAUACAUGGUGCUCGGUACACAGGUCCUUGGUCUCAUUGGAUGUAUCAUAGGGUCCUGUGCCCAAAGCGUAGGCAUGCUUAUCGGUGCAAACCUCUGCAAUGGUAUUGCUGCAGCAGGACAGCUAUCCUUUGGGAUCGUCCUUGGCGAACUGGUGCCAAAUACCAUGAGGGGUCCCAUCGUCACUCUCGUCUUCAUCUCAUCGGCACCCUUCGCCGUGUUCGGUCCGAUCAUAGCCAGGCUCUUCAUCGAGAACACGGCCUCAAAGUGGCGAUGGAGCUACUUCUUGGGCGACAUCUUCAGUGUCAUUGCUCUCGCGCUGUACUUCUUCCUCUACCACCCGCCGACGUAUAACCAACUCCACGUCAACGGCAAGACCAAGCGGCAGCAAGUCAAGGAGCUAGAUUUCAUUGGAAUAUUCCUGUUUAUUGCAGGGUGUGUUCUUUUCCUAGUUGGCCUCUCCUGGGGAGGUUUAUUAACAUUCAUCUUCUUCAUUGUAUAUGAGGCAUAUUUCUGCAAAGUGCAGCCGAUCAUGCCCCCUCGUCUGUUCAAAAACAUUGGUUUUGUUGCGAUCGUGGUCAUUGCAGCCAUUGGGGCGAUGGUUUAUUAUUCGCUCACCGUCAUCUGGCCAACCUUGAUUCAGUCCAUCUAUACAACAGAUUCUCGGGAGAUUGGCAUGCAGAGCUCAGUUGUUGGCGGCGGUAUCCUUGCAGGUCAAGUACUAGGAGGUCUCUUUAUCUCCUUCGUGCCCAAAGUCAAGAUCCAGACUGUGAUCGCCUCUUUGCUGUCCUUCACCUUCAUCACAGCCCUCUUGUCUCUAGACAAGGAUCGCUGGGCGGCAACUAUCGCCCUCGCCACCUGCGGACUCGUUGCCAUUGGGUUUAUCGAUAACAUCUCCUUUCCGGGUGUGACUCUCGUUCUUGAACCUCAAGAUAUCGGACUUGCGACUGGAGUCAUGGGCUCAUUGCGCGCCCUGGCUGGGGCCGUUGCACAAGCCUUGUACGUCUCGGUGCUUUCGAACAAACUCAAUGACUACGUGCCACAGUAUGUCGCGCCAGCCGCCAUAGAUGCUGGAUUACCGCCAUCAUCCCUUCCGCAGUUGUUCGCCGGAAUAACUGCUGGGAGUUUUACGACUGUUCCUGGAAUUAGCGACUCAAUCAUUGCGGCUGUUGGCAACGCCCUGAAGGCCGCUUACACGGAUGCUUUCAAGGUUGUCUUCUAUUGCACAAUCCCAUUUUCUGUUAUCUUAAUUGUUGCGUCCGCUUUCGUACCCAACAUGGAGAAAUAUCUGGGCAACAAUGUGGCAAGAAGGCUUCAGAACCAAGGUUCUCAGAAGGACCCUACUGAAAAGCCCCAAGAGAUGAAUGUAUAG